AUGGAGAAAUAUGAGAACCUAGGCCUGGUUGGUGAAGGAAGCUAUGGAGCAGUGAGGAAAUGUAGGAAUAAAGACAAUGGAAGAAUAGUGGCCAUCAAAAAAUUCCUGGAGAUUGAAGAUGAUAAAAUAGUUAAAAAGAUUGUCACACGAGAAAUCAAGCUGUUGAAGAUUAUACACAGACAUAUAAAGCCAGAGAACAUACUGAUCUCUGAGUCUGGAGUGGUGAAGCUGUGUGACUUUGGAUUUGCUCACAUGCUGAGGGCACCUGGGGAAGUGUACACUGAUUAUGUGACAACUUGGUGGUACAGGGCUCCAGAACUUUUUUUUAGAGACAUAAAGUAUGGCAAGGCUGUUGAUACAUGGGCCAUUGGUUGUUUGUUGAUUGAAAUGUUCACGGGAUGACCCCCUUUUCCUGGGAAUUCUGAUAUUGAUCAGCUGUAUCGUAUUGUGAAAUGUUUAGGUAAUUUAAUUCCAAGAUAUCAGGAAUUGUCCUAUGAGAACCCACUCUUUGCCAGUAUGAAAUUGCCUAAAGCUGAAGAAGCUGAGUGUCUUGAAGCCUAUCGGAAACUCCCUGCAAUGGUAAUCGAUAUAGCAAAGAAAUGCUUACAGAUCCAUCCUGACAAAAGGCCCUUCUGCAAUGAGCUCCUGCUCCAUGACUUUUUUCACCGGAUUUGCUGAGAGAUUGUACUCCAAAAUCCAUGAUGUCAAGCUUGGGGAAUCAGACUGCUGACAUCCUGGGAGGAGAGCAAAGUGGGG